GUGCAGUCGCAAAGCGGCACCGGAAAGACUUGUGUCUUCUGCCUUGGAGCCCUGCAGAGUGUGGAUACUAGCUCCAGAGAACCGCAGGCUCUCUUCUUGUCACCCACGCGAGAGCUGGCGGAGCAGAGUCAGAAGGUCUGCCUGGCCCUUGGAGAUUAUCUCAACGUCCAGGUGCACGUGUGCAUUGGAGGAAAGCGCGUCUCGGACGACAUCCACACCUUCGAAGCGGGUGUUCAGAUUGUGUCAGGCACUCCGGGUCGAGUCUUCCACAUGAUCCAACAGCGACACUUCAGCACUCGACACGCUAGGGAAACACACACUAUGGCGCCUGCUGCCAUGUCCUUCGUGCGACUGCAUGCGCUGCGGCGGCCCUUGGGCUUUGCGCUGCUGGGAUUAUGCGGCUUGGGACAGAAGCCCUUCCUCUCAGCGGCCGGCGGAGCCUUACCAUUGGACGAGCUUUCGGCCCUGCACCAGAAAUUUGGCGGCGAUGCCAGCGUUUGGGCCAAUCAACCCAUGCCACAGAGGGCUCGAAGUGGAGGCACCAUCUCUGCCUUGAGCGUUCAAAUCCCAGCACUAGAGCGACUGGCGCCAUAUUUGAGGCCCGGUGCCUCCGUCUUCGACCUGGGCUUCGGCUCGGGGGUCAUGACCGCCAUGCUCCUGGCAGCGGCUCCGUCGUCGGGGGUCCGGGUGAUAGGCGUGGACCUGGAGGACAAGGUGAAGGUGGCCACGGAGAACAUGUUGAAAACGAGUGGUCCAUUUCGUUUCCAAAGAGAACAGUUUGAGUUUCUGGGCGGCGAUGCUUUCCACUGUCUGCAGAGAUGGAAGGACGAAGGGAAGACCUUCGACGUGGUGUACAGCGGAUGUUCCUUUGAUCCGGACACCCAGCAGCUCGCCCUCUUUCUGGGCCGACUGAAACCCACUGGAGCUGCGGUCUUCAACUUGGGAAAUCCAGGAAAACAAGGCAUGUACUUUGUGGCAGAUGGUGGGAAAAAAUGCGAACUCCUCAUGCGGGUGAAUUUCAUGAUGGCUGAAAGCCCUCUGACGCCUCCGGCCUCUGACUCCGUGCCUCUGGAUCCUUCCAGGCUUGGCCAGUGGAUACAGCAGAACAUCUUUACAGACAAGGAACUGUGA